AUGGGGAAUCAAAAGCUGAAAUGGACGCAAGAAGAAGAAGACGCGCUUAUCGCUGGAAUCGACAAACACGGCACUGGAAAAUGGAAAACCAUUCUCGUUGAUCCUCAGUUCGCUCAUUUACUCACUUCUCGUUCCAACAUCGACCUCAAGGAUAAAUGGCGAAAUAUGAAUGUUUAUGUGAAUAAUGGUUCACAAGGUUCUAGUUCUAGGACUCCCAAGCCUAAAGCUGCUCCUGUUUCUUCCAGUGCCGUUCCUCUAAUUUCUGCUCCUCCUUCUGAUACUGUUGUUGUUGUUGCCUCUGAUCCUUCUCCAAAUGAACAAGAGGUUAAAAAUCCUCCAAGGUAUAAUGCCAUGGUUUUUGACGCUCUAUCUACGUUAAAGGAUACUAAUGGGUCCGACCUAAAUGCCAUUGCUAGUUUCAUUGAGCAAAAGCACCAGCAGGUUCCUCAAAAUUUCAGAAGGGCACUGAGUUCAAGGCUGAGGACCCUUGUGAAUCAAGGGAAGCUUGAAAAGGUACUAAAUUGUUACAAGAUAAAAAAAGACGCCCCAUUGGUGACAAAAACACCUUCACCUUCACCAAAACAAAAGGAUGUAAAGCCGCAACGUCAAUCAUCGGACUCCGAUGAUAUGCUGAAGAAAGCAGCUGAUACUGCAGCAUACAUAAUUGCUGAGGCUGAAGAUAAAUCAUACCUGGCAAGUGAGGCAGUCAAGGAAACCGAACGAUUCGCACGAUUGGCUGAAGAAAAUGAUGCAGUGUUGUUGCUAGCAGAAAAACUUUAUGAACAAUGUUUGCGCGGUGAAACUUUCAAAUGGGCUUAA